GGAGAAUCGCUGCCAUUCGACUACCAUUUGCCAUUCGCCCCGAACGGAAUUACACCAGCGGACAGUGAUCACUGGCUUUGAAGGAAAUUAGACCAAGCACCACCAUCAUGGUCGAUUAUUCCUACUUUGAUAUAAAAAUAAAACUACGAGAUCCAGAUGCGGUUAUACUGACACCGUCUCUCUUUCGAAACUGCGUUCUUGAUACUCUGGAUAGUUUUUUUUGCGAGGAAAAGUUCACCCUGGAAAUUGUGAAGUUCUGUGCCCAGCAACAGCGGGUCAUCUUCCGUGUGCCCCAGGAAUUACACGAUGUGACCCGUAGUUGCUUGCAACUUAUAGGACAUUACCAGGAAGUUCCUUGUCACUUUCAGGUACUGGAAACCUCUAAAACGGCAUUGGAUUUCGAAAAGUCAAGUGAAAAACUAUAUGCAAAUGAAAAAAAGAGUGAAGACUAUUGAAAACAAAUUUAUUUUGAUUCUUUAAAAUUUGAAAAUAUUUGUUUUUAUUUUGGAAGUUUUUCGCCCAUUUUGUUACAAUUUAGAUACAAAAUAUGGAUAGAUAAAUAAGGUU